CAGUUAAGUGCAAACAACAAUUAUUGCGGCCUGAUUUCGGACAGAAUGCUGAUGCGAAUUGGCGGAGACGAGUGCGAGCGAGGAGAGGCACCAGGCGCGCGCAACACCUCCGCGGCGGCUCUGGCAGGCAGCGCCGUGCGAGACCGCCGCUGACGCCGUUUUCAGUCAGCUCUCCGACGCCGACCAACCGCGCGCACAACCCUCGCACUCAUUCAGGUGGCGACACACGUCCUCGUGCGGUGUUCACGCCGACUCUGGAAAUGGAAUCAGCUGACGUGAACGAGUGGGCAUGGAACUCGAGCGGCUUGCUGCUGAACGGAACGUGGGACAACGAGACGCAGGACACGGGCUACGUCGAGUUCCCGAACCGGCCGGAGACGUACAUCGUGCCGUUGCUGUUUGCCGCCAUCUUCGUGGUUGGCGUCCUGGGCAACGGCACGCUGGUGCUCAUCUUCUGCCGGCACCGACGAAUGCGCAACGUGCCCAACACGUACAUCUUCUCGCUGGCGGUGGGCGACCUGCUGCUCAUCCUGACGUGCGUGCCCUUCACCUCGACCGUUUACACCAUCGAAACGUGGCCCUACGGCGAGUUCAUUUGCAAACUGUCCGAAUUCGUUAAGGACCUGUCCAUCGGCGUGUCCGUCUUCACCCUGACCGCACUCAGCGCCGACCGCUACUUCGCAAUCGUGGACCCCAUGCGCAAGCACGUCGGCCGCGCCACCAAGCUCACCGUGGCAGUGGCUCUCGCCAUCUGGGUGCUCGCCGUCGUCUGCGCCCUGCCCGCCCUGGUCGGCUCCUACCUCCGCAGCUUCGACGUCAGCCCCAUCAAGACCAUUCAGGUGUGCUACCCUUGGGCCGUGAAGUGGGGCGAGGAUUUCCCCAAGCAUAUCGUGACGGUGCGCUUCAUGGUGUUCUACGUGGCGCCGCUGACCGUAAUCGCAUGCUUCUACGCGCUUAUGGCGCGCCACCUCUUUAUCAGCGCGCGCCGUGGCUUACCGGGCGAGGCGCAUGCGCAGACACGACAGGCGCAGGCGCGCAAGAAGGUGGCCAAGACGGUGCUCGCCUUCGUUGUCGUCUUUGCUGUUUGCUUCCUACCGCAGCACGUGUUCAUGCUGUGGUUCUACCACAACCCGUCGGCGCCGCUGGACUACAAUGGCUUUUGGCACACGUUCCGCAUCAUCGGCUUCUGCCUGGCGUUCUCCAACUCGUGCGUCAAUCCGAUCGCGCUUUACUGCGUCAGCGGCACCUUCCGCAAGCACUUCAAGCGCCACCUCUUCUGCUGCUGCUGUCCCGUGACCGACGAGGGGCUCGCCGCUGGCACCGUCACCCGCGGCGGACAGCGAAGUGUGACCCAUGGCGGCCGACAGGUGCUUACGAGGGGCACGUCGAAGACGACGACCUGGGAGUCGUGCCACUCGAUGGUGCACUUCAACAGCACGGUGCGCAGGCCAGACCACGUGGCGCUGACCACGGCGCUCAACGGUUCGUCAGAGAAGACGUGAGACGCGCGGCGGCAAGGUGCCGCCUCCGCCGCCCCUGGCCCUUCCAGGGAUGAUUAGACCUGAGCGUGACGCUACCCUUCGUGAGAGAAAGGGCAGAAUCGAGUGAGUGCGCGAUCGAUCGGCCAAGUUCUCAUAUCAAAAGCGCAGAUCAGUUGAAAUAUUGUGUAUGACUGAAAUUUUAUGUUAAAAUAUCAAAACGUUGCUGAUACUAUACGAAAUCUCUCUAACAAUUAGAUGAUAAACGUUUAAUAAUAAAUUUAGACCACUUGGAGUGCAUUUUAUCGUUAUACGUGGAAAAAUAUAAUAAUGUCAAAGACGUAAUAUAGCUGUAUUGCCAACAAAAACUAGGCAUUUUUAUUGUUAUAUAGAACACGCGGGUGGUAAAAUAAAAGGUGUGCAUUUAUUCCCACAAUUAGAGAUAAAAUGGACUUGCACAAACAAGGUGUUGUAUUUUUAUCUCUAUCUUUGUUGCUGUUUACUGCUCUUUCGGUUGAUAUUAAAUUAUUAUUCUAUUUUUUAACAUUGGAAAAAAUGUGUUGACUCCAGUGAUAUUUGUGAUAAAUUUAUUUUUGAAAGCAUCAACAAUUAACAUCAGAAUUUUUAAUGCAGUGUCUCUGCCAGUUCUGUUCACCGUCGAAAUUAAAAAAUGAUUUUUUUAAUUCACUUGUAAAUUACAAACACAAAAAUUGCAACGGAUUGGUCUUAGCAGUCAUAUUUAAAUGGGAUUGCUGCGAUUGACAUUGAGACCCGUGUAUGACAGGUACAUGAUUUUUACCACUCAGCAUAUUAGAAUGAAAAAAUGUGAAAUGUAUUUUCAUAAUACUUAAUGAUAUCACUAAAAGUACCGUAUUUUUAAAUGUGGUACAGGGAUCUGAUAAAAAAUUCUAUGGAUAUAAUGUUAACCGUAUAAAAUAUGCUGCAUUAAAAACCUCAACCUUAUUGUCAAAAAUUGUUAGUAAUAAUUUUAAACCAGAAUCUUCUAUAACUGUUUUCUUAACAUAGAUUUGCUCACUUUCCAAGUGGUCUCUGCGUAUAAGUAAAUGUUAAAUAUUUACCACAAAUGCUCUCACAUAUGCAAAUUUGGAGCUUCAAUGUGUUGAUGUUCCUCCAGACGUAAAAUGUAGAUUUUGUUUUGUGUUACGAAAGUUAGCACAGUACAUUUUAACAUGAGGGGAUUCAAAUGCGACUUCAAAAAAUAAACAUUGUAUUUGUUAGUGUUCAAUGGUUAAAACUAAUAACCCAACUAAUAGAUUCGUUGGAGUUCCUCUCAAACUAAAUCUAUAUAUAUGCGAUGGUAUUUUAGUCUCCACUGCACUACAGCGACAUGCAGGGCAGAGGCGGCGACUCUCUAAUUAAUAAAGUUUCAAAUAAAUUUGUUUUGUCUGUGAUUUUUCUGUGGUAUAAAAUGAGUGGCUCUGUACCAUUGAUGUUGGCAAAUAAAUAUCACUUUGUGUUA